CGAGCAGAUACUGCCUUCGAUCCGAAACGUAUUCCGUAUCACCAUGAUCACGCCGGCAGCGUUUUCGUGUGCUUUUCUCUUCUUACUGGCCCCGAUGGUCAGGGGAUCCCUGCCAGGUCGGGAUCGCCCAUCUCUGCGACUGCCCAACGAGACCUAUCCGCUGCUCUACCGCUUGCACAUCUCCAGCGACAUCCACCAGGGCACUCUCUUAUUCAGCGGAAAUGCCACCAUUGACGUAGCCAUACGGCAGUCGACGAACGAGAUAGUGCUGCACGCCAAGAACCUGACCGACAUCCAGAUUACGGUGCGCCAGCUGACCGGCAACGAAGUCGAAGGGGGCUGGGAGAUCGUGGACGAUCUGACCCACACUGUGAACCAGGACGCGGCCUUCCUUAUUAUCCAUCCGAGGGAGAACUACCAGGCCUUUGAGGCUGGCCAGCGUUACCGCCUCGAGAUACUGUACACAGCUAUUAUGAAGUCAAAGCCCAUGGGGCUCUACUAUAUGGAUUACAAAGAUGAGCAGAGUAAUCGGACUGUAUAUGUAGCUGCCACCCAAUCGGAGCCCACCUAUGCCCGCCUAAUCUUUCCCUGUUAUGAUGAGCCUGGAUUCAAGUCCAACUUCAGCAUAAAACUCACACAUGGCAGCAGUCACUCGGCCAUAUCCAAUAUGCCAGUCAAGGAAGUCGUGACUCACGGCGACUUGACAACGACAUUGUUUUAUCCCACCCCACCCAUGUCCACCUAUUUGGUGGCCUUUGUCAUCUCCAAUUUCGAUAGUAUUUCGGAGACCUUUAGAGGAGUCACUCAGAGCAUUUAUUCCUCGCCGAGCACCAAGGAGAAGGGCCAGAGUGCUUUGAAGAAUGCUGUGAGAACAGUGGCUGCCUUCGAGGAUUACUUUGGCGUAUCCUAUCCGCUCCAGAAGCUGGAUCAUGUGGCACUGAAGAAGAACUAUGGGGCGGCCAUGGAGAACUGGGGACUGAUCACCUUCAAGGAGGCGAAUCUGCUGCAGCAGGACUCAGAGGAUUUGCACAAGCGGGUGAUGGAUAAGAUUACACAGAACCAUGAGAUUGCCCAUCAGUGGUUCGGGAACUUGGUAUCACCCGAGUGGUGGACCUAUGCCUGGAUGAACGAGGGAUUUGCCACGUACUUUAGCUAUGUGAUUACUGAUUUGCUCUAUCCCGAGGACAAGGUGAUGGACAUAUUCGUGGCCGAUGAGGCCGAUCGUGCCUACAGCUACAACAGCUUCUUCGAUGUCCGUCCCAUGUCCUCGUACGUGGAGAAGGAGAAGGACAUCAUGGCGGCCUUCGACAUCAUCACCUACAAACGCGCAGCCUGCGUCAUCAAGAUGUUUCACCACGCCUUCCGUCAGAAGAUAUUUGUCCGCGCCAUCAGCCGCUUCCUGGAGAAAUAUCGUUACACGGUGGCCAACGAGCUGGAUCUCUUUGAUGCACUGCAGGCGGAACUGCAGGAGGACGAGUACUUCUCCCAUCAGGUGUGGGCAUCAAAGAUAAGAGACAUAAUGCUGUCCUGGACGCACAGCGAGUGGAUGCCCAUAGUAGUGGUCACAAGGAACUUUGAGAAUAACUCCAUUACCUUUAGCCAAAGAUCGAUACACUCCAAGGACGAGCUGUGGUGGAUUCCCCUCAACUUUGCGACGGCCCAGGCGCCCAGCUUUGAGGACACCCAGGUGGAUUUCUUUAUGCCACCGCAGUCGCAGUAUUCGGUGACGCUGGAGGAUCUUAAAAUGCAGCUCGGAGGCCGGGACUGGAUCAUAGUGAACAAGCAGCAGACGGGCUUCUACCAUGUCCACUAUGACACGGACAAUCUUAGGGCCAUUGCCCGCCAGCUGCAGACGAACCACACGCUUAUCCACCCAGUAAAUAGGGCCGCCCUCUUCCGGGACUUGAAGCCCCUUAUCGAGCACAACGAGAUUGAGCAGGUGGACGUGCUCUUUGAGAUGCUCAAAUACCUGGAGUUCGAAGAGGAUAUGCUGCCGUGGAACCAGGUGGCCGACACCAUUGAAUUCUUGCGGCGCAACCUGUUCGGCACCGCCUCGGAGAAACUGUUUAAUGAGUUUGUGCGCCGCCUGGUCAAUCCCAUCUUCCGGCGCCUGUAUCUAGAUCCGGCAACGGAGCAUGUCUCGAAUAGCGCCCUGGACGCCGGCCAGGUGAUUGUGCAGAUGGCCUGUCUGGCCGAUUCCCAGGAAUGCCUGGAGUACACCCGCCGGCUGACCAAGGAGUACAUCUUUAAGAAGAUCAACUUGACCAACGACUGGGACUACUAUGCCACGUACGACACGGUUCUGUGCAUGGGCGUUAGGUACCUGAGCGACCGGGACUUUUAUGCGGUCAUCGACAUGAUGCAGGCCGCCGACAGGAACACGGUGUACUAUGAUGACAUGAUCUACUCCCUGCGCUGCACCCAGAGCCAUCGUCACCUGCUGUACUACCUGGAGGUGCUGCUGGGCGAGAACUCCACGCAUUGGAUCCUCAGUGAUCCCGAGGCCAUGAUGUAUCUGUCUUAUGUUUACAAAUCCAAUCUGGCGGCUAGGCCGGUCAUCUGGCAGUACAUCGAUCGCAACUACAAGCUGCUCUGCCGGUCGCCCAACUUUGUGGAGAUCUUCAAUCAGAUUGCAGAGUUUGUGCCCAGGCAACAGAGGCCUCAGUUUGAGCGACUGCGCCAGGCCAUUGCCAGCCACAUGGACUUGGAGUCGCCUAGCACCAGCAAGCAGCUCAUCGAGUCCAACUCCCCGCUGGUGGGCAAGAAGGGAAAGAUUGCGGAAAACUUCCUGGACAAGUUCCAGCAGCAGAUUUACAGCUGGCUGAUAAGCGAGGUCCCUCCAGAGACCGCCAAAAGCGAUGCUAUACUGGCUGCAUCGCUAAGCGUGGCCAAUGGCUCCAGCCGGCCGCAAGGAAUCCUCAAGGAUGCCACUCGAGUAGUGCGGAGUGCGUUGCGGUCAAUAGAUUCAUCCCGGCGGACUGCGGCGGCCGUUCAAUACGAAAAAAGCCAAACAGCCAACAUGGCUAGGUGGCUGCUAAACUCGUGUGUCCUGCUGCUCUUGGCAGUGAGCAGCCUGCAGGCGCGCCUGAUCCUGCCACAGUCCCUGGACGUCGACGGUAUCCAGCUGGAAACAAAGGGAGCCGAAGCCCUCCACUACGCCAGUGUUAGUCCCCGCGUGGACGACAAUAGUGAGGGAAACUACCGGUUACCUAACACCACGGCCCCCGAGGCCUACGACGUCGAGCUCUGGACUAAUGUGCACAGUGGACUCAGGGAGUUCAAUGGCACCGUCAAGAUCGACCUUCAGGUACUAGAGGAGACCAAGGAAAUCAGGCUGCACUAUCGCCAGACCUGGAACUUCACGGCCGAGAUUAUCAGCCGCGAUCUGGCCCAGCCCGUGGUGAUUCCUCUUACGUUUACCAAUGAGAGCACACGCGAGUUCCUUACCUUUACGCCGGAGGACACCGCGUUGUCCUUUGCGGCCAACACCAACUGGACUUUGACCAUCAACUAUACCGGCAUUCUGCGUACCGACAUGGGCGGCUUCUACUACUCCAGCUAUACGGACGACGAUGGCACGGUCCACUACCUGGCCACCACUCAGUUCGAGAGCACCAAUGCCAGGCAUGCAUUCCCCUGCUAUGAUGAGCCCGCCAGGAGAGCCACCUUCAACAUUACCAUUCACCAUGAUUCCAGCUACACGGCUGUCAGUAAUAUGCCUGUGAAUGAGACAAAAUCCAGCUCUGGUGUCACCGCUUUCCAGACCACGCCCAAGAUGUCCACCUACCUCAUAGCCUUCAUCGUUUCCGAUUUCGAGUCCACUACGGGCGAGCUUAAUGGCCUGCGGCAGCGUGUCUUCUCGCGGAAAGGCAAGCAGGAUCAGCAAGAAUGGGCUCUAUGGUCUGGUCUGGUUGUGGAAGCCAGUCUGGCCGGUUACUUUGGUGUACCUUUCGCCCUGCCCAAGCUAGAUCAGGCUGGCAUACCCGACUUCUCUGCCGGAGCUAUGGAGAACUGGGGCCUGGCCACCUAUCGCGAGCAGUACAUGUGGUGGAACAAGGAAAACUCCACGAUUAACCUGAAGACGAGCAUCUCCAACAUCAUUGGACACGAGUACGCGCACAUGUGGUUUGGCGAUCUGGUGUCUGUGAAAUGGUGGACUUAUCUGUGGCUCAAGGAGGGCUUCGCCACUCUCUUCUCCUACGAAUCGAACGACAUUGCCUUCCCCGAGUGGGACACUUAUCAGAUCUACCAUGUGCAGGACUAUAAUAGUGCCCUGCUGAACGAUGCACUGACCAGCGCCGUGCCCAUGACUCACUAUGUGCAGACGCCUUCCGAGAUCUCAAAUAGGUACAACACCUUCUCUUAUGCCAAGCCUGCCAGUGUUCUUUACAUGUUCAAGAAUGCCUGGUCGGACAAGGUCUUCCGGUCUGGAUUGAACAAAUACCUGACCAAGAACCAAUUUACUUCCUGCGAUGAGUGGGAUCUGUUUGCCUCCUUCCAAGAGGCUGCCAAUGAGAACAACCUGGUGUUACCCACUUCCGUGGACAACAUCUUUAGCAGCUGGUCGCAUCAGGCAGGUUAUCCCCUGGUGACGGUGACCCGUAACUACGAUACGGGUGCCAUCACACUGAAGCAGGAGCGUUAUUUGGCGGACAAGGAUAGCGGCAAUUCGGCCACCUGGUACACGCCCAUUAACUUUGCCACGGCCUCCAAUCCGGAUUACCGCAACACGAGUGCCUCGCAUUAUUUGCUUAAUGUAACAGAGACCACAAUCACGGAUGUCCAGGUUUCCAGCGAUGGAUGGCUGCUGAUCAACAAGCAACAAGCUUUCUAUAUUCGCACCCUGUACGAUGAGCAGAACUAUCUGCUCCUGGCCGACGUCCUCAACAGCGAGCCCUGGCUCAUCCAUCACCGGAAUCGCGCCCAGCUGCUGUACGAUGCAUACAUCUUUGUGACCACCAGUCGCCUGAGUCAUAGAAUCCUGUUCAAUCUGCUCGCUUAUCUGAAGAACGAGGAUGCUUAUGCACCCUGGUCGAAUGCCAACACCAUUUUGACCGUCUUUGAUCGCUAUCUGCGCGGCGAUGACUCUUACUACAACUUCCGUACCUUCGUGCAGCGUCAGAUCGAGCCUGUUUUCGACAAGAUCGGAGUGAACGAGAUUCCCGGCGAGCAUUAUCUGAACAAUUAUUUGCGCAUCAUUACGGUUAGCCUGAGCUGUCAGGUGGGCUAUGUGGACUGCUACACACGGUCCGAGAAGAAGCUCUCCGAGUACCUCUUCAACGGAGUUGCCAUUGAGCCCACUUUGAGGACUCAGGCUUAUUGCGCCGGUCUGCGUUCCCCUUCGGCUGAGAUCUAUAGCCGCGUAAAGUCGGAUUUGCUUUCCUCCACGGAUGCCACUGAUCGUAGCUUGUUCAUCACGUCGCUGGGCUGCUCUGGAAAGGCUGAUCAGUUGGCUGAGUUCUUGAGCCUGUCCUUGGACACUGCCAACGGCUUGAGCUACUCGGAACGCACUUCCUUGCUGAACUCAGCUUAUUCCAGGAGCGAGGAUGGUCUGACCGCCAGUCUGUUGUUCCUGGAGACCAACUGGGAGGCAUAUGCCAAGCUAUCGGAGACUGUCAAGCCCCUCGACUUGGCUCUGCGAGGAAUAGCCACCUAUGUGGUUAGCGAGAAGCAGAAGACAAGGCUCAACGCCCUGGUGGAAGAGGUCAAGUCGAAGGAACCUUCUUAUCUGGCUGAUAAUCUGGAAACCGUCAUCGACUCCCGUAUCCAGGCCAACUUUGACUGGCUGGAUGUGCAUCGUGAUCCUACGUUCACUUGGAUUGAGGACCAUUUGGCGGAGAAGGGCAGUGGCGCCAUGACAAUGCCCCUAGCCACGAUCCUGAUCAGUGCCUUGGCCCUGCUCCUGUCGCAUCUAUUUUAGACUAAGUUUGAGUAUUAUAUACCUUUAAAUAAAGAAUUAAAUGAGUCAUAACAUAA